ACAACUUUGGCUCUGAGUGAACCUACCUUCUACUAGUAUACUGCGUUUUAAAUGGUGGUAAAUGUUACCAGGAAAACGGAUGGAAGACACUCAACAGCUUUAACUAAACAGUGUUGGACAUUUAUAGACUUGUAACUUGUUUUGAAGUCCCUUUUUUAUCAGAUAUAGUGAUCCUACUAUAGUGUCAUGGCAGAAUCAACAGAAAAAAAGAAGAAAGUGCGCGAGCCUAAAGAAGUUGUUGUUGUAAAAAACACCUACGAUUAUCAAAGGAUGAAACUCGAUCGUCUCAUGAAAAAUCCUGAGAAGCCAGUACAAUUACCAGAAAGGCCAAAAGAGAGAAAAGCAGUACCAGAUACUCCUGACUUUGUACGAAAUGUUAUGGGGUCCAGUGCUGGCGCUGGAAGUGGUGAGUUUCAUGUUUAUCGUCACAUUCGGAGAAGAGAAUAUGCAAGGCAGAAGCAUAUUCAGAUCACGUCAGAAAAGGAUAAAAAAGAUGAAGAUUUCAGGUUAAAACUUGAAAACAAUCAAAGGCAAGCAGAGGAAAGAACUGCAAAGAAAAGAGCCAAGCGGCUAAAAAAAAAAGAACUUAUGAAAGCUAUUGGGAAGAAACAUAAAAAAGAUGCUAGUAAGCCAUCUCAACAGGAAACAAGCAGCAGUUCUGAUACAUCAGGUACUGAAGAAGAGCCUGAGGACAAAAAUUGUACUCCAGAUCCUACAAAUAAUCAAUAAUGGAAAGAAAGAUAACUGAUCAUUAAGACCCAACCUAAGACGCUGUGAAAUGUUUGAUUGUUUACUAGUUAAAUCUGUGUACAAACAGCUGACGCCACAAAUGCAUUGCUUAAUCGAUA